UUGAAAGUUAUCACAAUGACAACACCAGCAAUAAGUGGUCAGAACCUGCUUCGUCCCACGGGGCUGCAGUGCAAGGAUCUCCAUGAGUACUUGAAAUCUGGGCCUCCAGAGGUGUUGGAAAAAUUGUAUCACAAUCCACCGAUAUGUCUGGCGGUUUUUCGUGAACUUCCAGUCAUUGCCCGACACUAUGUCAUGCGUCUUCUAUUCGUUGAGCAGCCGGUCCCCCAAGCUGUCAUCGCAUCCUGGUGCUCAAAGCUACAUUCUGAAGAGCAUCAGAGAGUUGUCCAGGUUCUCAAUGAGUUGAAUAUUUGGAAAGAGGCAUCUAUACCUGGGGGCCUGCCUGGCUGGAUCCUCAAUGCUACUUUCAAGAAAAAUUUGAAGAUCGUAUUACUCGGGGGUGGUAAACCCUGGACAAUGUCCAAUCAGUUGGAAACUGAUAGCAAACCUAGAGACAUUGCUUUUCUCGAUUCGUAUGCCUUGGAGAGAUGGGAGUGUGUGCUGCAUUACAUGGUGGGAUCCCAGCAGCAAGAGGGUAUUUCAGCGGAUGCUGUCAGGAUACUGCUCCAUGCAGGCCUCAUGAAACGUGAUGAAGAAGAUGGUAGUCCUGUUAUUACACAGGCAGGAUUUCAGUUUCUCCUUCUGGACACAGCAUCACAAGUAUGGUACUUCAUACUCCAGUACUUAGAUACCAUUCAAGCCAGAAGUCUCGAUCUCGUCGAAUGCCUCACUUUUCUAUUCCAAUUAAAUUUUUCAACACUUGGCAAGGAUUAUAGUACGGAGGGAAUGUCAGAAGGAUUGUUAACAUUUCUGCAGCACUUGAGAGAAUUUGGUCUUGUGUAUCAACGAAAACGCAAGGCUGGCAGAUUCUAUCCAACGAGAUUGGCGUUGAAUAUUGCAACGGGAAAGAAUAAACCACUCGUGAGGGAUAUCGAGAAAGAGGGCUAUAUUGUAGUAGAAACAAAUUACAGAGUCUACGCGUACACAAAUUCGAACCUCCAAGUGGCUUUACUCGGUCUCUUCUGUGAAAUGCUCUACAGAUUUCCGAAUCUAGUUGUAUCCAUAUUAACCAGAGACUCAGUGCGACAAGCAUUGAAGAGUGGAAUAACUGCAGCACAAAUAGUCGGUUAUUUGCAGCAGCAUGCUCACAGUAAAAUGAUUGAGACAGGUCCCCCAACACUGCCCCCAACAAUCGUAGAUCAGAUAAAACUCUGGGAAAAUGAGAGAAAUCGUUUCUCCUUCAGUGAAGGCGUUUUGUAUAGUCAGUUCCUGUCAGAAACUGACUUUGUCGUACUUCGAGAUUAUGCACUAUCUAUUGGGGUUCUCAUCUGGCAGAGUGAUAGAAAACGAACUAUGGUUGUUACCAAAGUCGGUCACGAUGAUGUCAAGAAAUUCUGGAAACGUUACUCAAAAGGCUCAAACUGACAGAAUUGGUCCAAAUGUAUAGAAUAAAAGUAUGAAUAAAUUAUUUUUUAAAUGA